AUGAAAACAAACUCUAGGAGCAGUCCGAAUGUGGAUGUUACAAAAAUUGGAGCCGCUGCACACCACAAACAGCUUUCGCCACGGGAAUCUUGUGGAAAUCAUGUGCUGAAUACUGCAGAAAAUGUAAGGGAAGAUCAGGAGGACAUUGCGUCAAAGUUUUCAACAAAAGAUGUAGCGGUGGAUACCAAUGCCAGUGCACUGGAGGAGGACAUGCUAAAUCAAAAAAUCCCAUUGAUAUCGCUACCUGUAGAUUUGGACUAUGAUCUCGAAAUAACUGUUUCGAUAAUUGGAGUCGGUGUACACCUGAAACGGCGUUUGCUACUGGUAUUUUAUGGAAAUCUUGUGCUGAGUACUGCCAAAAAUGCAAAGGAAGAGAAAGCGGAAGUUGUGUGCAAGUGCACAAUAAGGAAUGCAGUGGAGGAUAUCAAUGCCAGUGCAAAGGAGGAUCACAUCCGAAAUCCACGAAUAAAAUAGACGUAGCU